UUGUUACAGGUGUUCCAGACUUUUCAAGGGAAACCCUUUGACAAUUCUGUGAUUAUAACUGCUGCAGUUGGAAACAUCAUCGUGUCUGUUACCCUUGGACAUCGCAUGGAUUAUGAAGACCCCACCUUUCUAAAACUUCUAAGGCUAACAAAUGAGAAUGUUCGGCUUGCUGGAACACCAAUGAUUUCACUGUACAAUAUGUUUCCUGGUGUUGUUGGUCUGUUACCUGGGAGUCACAAAACACUUCUCAGCAAUAUAGCAGCAGUAAAUGAGUUUAUUACAAAGACGUUUGUCAAUCAUCUAAAGGAGCUG